GUAGUUUUCUAACCACUCGCCCCGUCUGCUGUGUGGAGGGUCUGGCGACAGGAAAAAGACACCAUCUCCCAAAGCAAACCGAUCACAACCCUGUUACGUAACGACCCCUCCGCGCUGCUUACCGCCGCCCAUCACCUUCUGUUUGCUAAGUAGCUAUCCGUACGGGAGAGUCGGUGUAAUGUAUAGACGUUAGCGGAAAAGAUAACGCGCCCGUCAACACAUUCCAACAGUUUAAACCACGACCAUGUUUGGCCGGUCACGGAGCUGGGUUGGAGGACCGGGGAAACCGAAAAACAUCCACUCCUUGGACCAUUUGAAGUAUAUGUACCAUGUCCUUACCAAAAACACCACGGUGACGGACCACAACCGAAACCUCCUCGUGGAGACCAUCCGCUCCAUCACAGAGAUCCUCAUCUGGGGGGACCAGAAUGACAGCUCUGUAUUUGAUUUCUUCCUGGAGAAGAACAUGUUUGCCUUCUUCCUGAACAUCCUGCGUCAGAAGUCGGGACGCUACGUGUGCGUCCAACUCCUCCAGACUCUCAACAUACUGUUCGAGAACAUCAGCCAUGAGACUUCCCUUUAUUACCUUUUGUCAAACAACCACGUGAACUCCAUCAUCGUCCACAAGUUUGACUUCUCGGAUGAGGAGAUCAUGGCCUACUACAUCUCCUUCCUCAAGACACUGUCACUCAAACUCAACAGCCACACCGUGCACUUCUUUUACAAUGAGCACACUAAUGACUUUGCCCUGUACACCGAGGCCAUUAAGUUUUUCAACCACCCUGAAAGCAUGGUUCGCAUCGCAGUCCGGACCAUCACGCUCAACGUCUACAAAGUUUCAUUGGACAAUCAGCACAUGCUGCACUACAUCCGAGAUAAGACGGCGGUCCCAUAUUUCAGCAACCUGGUCUGGUUUAUUGGCAGCCAUGUGCUCGAACUGGACAAGUGUGUGCAGACCGAUGAAGAACAUAAGAACAGAGGGAAGUUAAGUGACCUGGUAGCCGAGCACCUCGACCACCUGCACUACCUGAACGAUAUUCUCAUCAUCAACUGUGAAUUCCUCAACGAAGUUUUGACCGACCACCUCCUCAACCGUCUGUUCCUGCCCCUCUAUGUCUACUCUUUGGUUAUCCCCGAGACGUCUGAAGAGCGAAAGAUUAACCCUCAGGUGUCCCUCUACCUGCUGUCUCAAGUGUUUCUGAUCAUCCACUAUCAGCCAAUGGUCAACUCGCUGGCCGAAGUUAUUCUCAAUGGAGACCUGUCUGUCUUCACCCCACAGACGGAUAUACUCAGCACACUCAAGAAUACGGCCAGUGCAGGAGGUGUGCGUCGCUUCACCAAGCCCUCGGAGUCUCUGGAGCGCUCCCUGGAGCUCUCCCGCCAUCGUGGCCGCAAGAGGACUCAGAAGAGGCCAAACUACAAGAACUUGGGCGAGGAGGAGGAUGACGAAAGGACUGGAGGAGGAGGAGGAGGAGGAAGUGGAGGAGUAGAGGAGGGCUGGGACGACGACAGCAGAGGCGGAGAGAGGGAGGGAGGCCGAGAGAGGGAGAAGGGAAAAGGUACAGAGGGAGGAGGAGGUGGGAGUUCUAAGGGAAGCAGAGCGUGUGGGGAGACGGCGGAAGAGAUCGAGAUGGUGGUGAUGGAGAAGUGUAAAGUGUCGGAGCUGACGGAGCAGAACAUCACUGAUGAGGAGAAGACCGCUGCAGCCACCCGCACUCACACACAGAGGAGCAGACCGUUCUUGGACAUGGUGUACAGUGCCCUCGACUGCAACCACGAUGACUACCACGCUCUGUUUGUCCUCUGCCUGCUUUAUGCCGUCUCACACAGCAGAGGUAUAAACCGAGAUCUUCUGGAGCGUCUGCAGUUGCCGGUUCCUGACCAGGAGAAGAGUUCCUACAGCCUGGUGCUGGUAGAGCGACUGAUCAGAGUAAUGAGUCAGGCAGCACAGCCAGAUGGAAAAGUGCGUCUUGCUACACUGGAGCUGAGCUGCCUUUUAUUAAAGCAGUCUGUGCUGUCUGGAAACCAAUGUAUCAUCAAAGAUGUCCAUCUGGCCUGCCUGGAGGGUGGUAGAGAAGAUAGUCUGCAUUUACUGCGGAGAUUCUACAAGGGCGAGGACAUCUUUCUGGACAUGUUUGAAGAUGAAUACAGGAGCAUGACGAGUAAACCGCUGAAUGUGGAGUAUCUAAUGAUGGACGCCUCGGUGCUGCUGCCGCCCACCGGUACCCCUCUGACCGGUAUCGACUUUGUCAAGAGACUUCCCUGUGGAGACGUGGAGAAGACGCGCAGGGCGAUCCGCGUGUUCUUCAUGCUGCGGUCGCUAUCGCUUCAGCUGCAGGGAGAACCAGAGACGCAGCUGCCUCUGACCAGAUCUGAAGACCUUAUCAAGACGGAUGACGUCUUGGACCUCAACAACAGCGACCUAAUCGCCUGCAUGGUGGUGAGCAAAGAUGGCGGCCAGGCCCAGAGGUUCCUCUCCGUAGACGUGUACCAGAUGAGUCUGGUGGAACCAGAAACCAAGCGCCUGGGAUGGGGAGUGGUCAAGUUUGCCGGCCUCCUGCAAGACAUGCAGGUGUCUGGCGUCGAGGACGACAGCCGAGCGCUGAACAUCGUCAUCCACAAGCCCGGCUCCAACCCCCACGCCAAGCCCCUCCCCAUCCUGCAGGCCAACUUCAUCUUCGCCGACCACAUCCGCUGCAUCAUCGCCAAGCAGAGGCUGGCCAAGGGGCGCAUCCAGGCCCGGCGCAUGAAGAUGCAGAGGAUCGCAGCUCUGUUGGACCUGCCUGUGCAGCCCAGUGCGACGGAGGUGUUGGGUUUCGGCCAGACCGCCAACGCUUCGCCCGGCGCCAUGCCCUUCCGAUUCUACGAGCAGUCGAGACGGGCGCCCAACGACCCCACGGCAACUCGAUCGGUCUUCGCCUCCGUGGAUAAAGUGCCAGGUUUCGCAGUGGCUCAAUGUGUGUCGCAGCACAGUCCCUCGCCCCUCUCCUCCCCCUCGCCUCCCUCCACUGGGAGUGGGAGCACAGGACGAUGUGACUCUGUUACUGCAAGCACUGUAUCCGCUCAGAGCCCCACAGAUGAUGGCACGUCUUUGGAGCACACCCCGCCCUCCCUCUCAGGGGAAGGAGGCGGUGGAGAAGUGACGCCCGUCUCCUCUGCUCCCUCGGCACCAGUGGCGGGCCUCGCCCCGAGUCUCACCCCGGCGUCCCAGCCCAACAUCUCCCUCCUCACCGACGGCAACGCAGAGGCGCUCAGCGUGGAGUCGCUCACGCUGCUGCCCCCCGCGGACUCGCCGCACCUGCACCCCUGUGCCAGCCACGGUCCCACAACGCUCUCCCUCCAGAGACCAGGCGCCUCUAUCGCAGAGGAGGAGGAGGAGGAAGCUGAUGGAGAGAAAGAGGGACAUCGGAAAGGUGAGGAAGAGGAGGAGGAGCCGCCGGAGGAAGACGGGUCGCCGACAGAUGAGACGAUAAAAGAGGAAACCACGUCAGCGGAGUUGGUCACCCCCACUGACGAGGACCCUCGACUCUCUGCUGCAGAGCUGCUAGAAAGAGACGACUCGGCGGCGGAAGACGAAGACACGCCGGACUCGCCUGAACUGGACUGAGCAACACACACACACACACACAAUCAUGUUCAUGCACUUCAACACAUCUUUCACACAUGCUAAGAGGACAGGAAGUGUGAUGGUUAAACUAUCCAGUGCGACUGCUGUGUGUGUGUGUGUGUGUGUGUGUGUGUGUGUGUGUGUGUGUGUGUGUGUGUGUGUGUGUGUGUGUG